AUGGAUGACGUGUCAAUAUUAAAUCAUCAUGUUCUCCUAUAUAAAUCCCAGAUUGACAACAUGAAAGCAUACUACUCAGAAAAGAUCAAAGAGCUAUUCUAAUUGGUACAACAAGGCAUAUAAGCUAUGCAAGAGGAGGGACGAAAUUCAUAAUGGGAGGAACAUAAAUAGAAUAUGGAUUCAUCAGCAGAAAGCAGUAAAUUUAGGGAAGUAUUUGAAUAGCUAAGGAUACUCAAAGAAAAGAACUUGAAAGUCUAUCAGAUAGUUGAAAAGACAAUUUCAAACGCUGAAUCAGUUCAGAGUUAACAGGGUAUCCUCAAGAGAUUAUCAUCCUUUCUUAAAAGCGGAAUUAAGAAGGAAUUAAAAGAGAUAGAGGAAAAAGAGAAAGUGCUCGCUCUUUUAUAAAUAAAUUUGAAAUAAACUGACAAGAAAUUCUCUCUCAUGCCUAUAAAUGCUUUUCAGAAUGGGUUAAAGUCUUUUGUAGUUGAAUACGAUUGUGAAAGCUUCCUGAAAUUAUUCUUUUGA